AUGGAUGUGCUGCUCCCCCAUCACUCAUUCACUGUAGCGACAUUUCGGUGAUUCUUACAAGCCACCGCCGUCUCGAUCUUUGACUGUAUAGACUUUCUGUGAACAUUUCGGCGACUCCUACGAUCCACCGCCGUCACACUCUGUCAACUGCAAGAAUCAUCAAAAUCGUUACUCUUUCCAUUCUUUAGGUCUGUCAUUAUGACUUUGCUCAGCAAGAAGAAGGCCAAUGAAAAUGAUCGAAUCAGUGACUUACCGUGUAAUGUUAUUGAUGGCAUCCUAGUAAACUUGAAACUCCGAGACCAAGUUAGAACUAGUAUUUUGUCAAGAAAGUGGAGGUAUAUGUGGACUUCAGCCCCACAUAUUUGUUUUGACGAAGAGUUUUUUAAAUGUUUUCAGCCUGAUGGUAGCCCUCAUCCUGACCCUGUAGUUUGUAAAACCAUCACGGAUGUUCUUAAGCUUCACAAUGGGCCGAUACACAAGUUUUCUAUUGACAAACGUCCAUUUUGGAUCGAAUUGGAAGAUCUCAAUACAUGGAUCCCCUUUAUGUCAAAGGACAUUAAACAUCUCGAGCUUUUGACCUUCCGUAGUUCUGAAAAUCUGGAUAUUCUCCUCUCUUGUAAGGAAUUGACUUGCUUCAAAUUAGGCUCAUUUAACUUGUCAAUUCCACCUAAUUUCUGCGGCUUUAAAAAAUUGCUUGAACUUCAUUUUGUUCAUAUUGAAUUCGAGUCUGGUGCAUUCGAGAUUUUUAUGUCUGGCUGUCCGUGUCUUGAAAAGCUCAGCAUUGAAGACUGUGAGGGUCCUGGUUGUGAUUAUCUUGUUAUAUCUUCUCCUUCUCUGAAAGUCUUAGUGUUAAAAUUGUCCUAUACAAACUCGAUUUGUCUCAAGGAAGCAAAAAAUCUAAUCGAUUUUACACUCAAGGGAUAUCUGGCCAAGGGUUUUAUUAAAAUUUUGCCAAAAAUUAAGAGGUUUUCUCUAGACAGAUGGGAAAAGAUCAUAGAUGCAGAUGUCAUUCCUUCAAUGCUGCUAACACGCUCAUUCAGCUCUUUAGAGUAUUUGAAAUUGGAUGACUUGAAUUUGAAUGAGAAAGAAGAAGUUUUUUAUUUUGUCAGUCUUCUCGAAAGUGCUCCUAAUUUGACUGAACUUGUUAUAAAGAAUUACGAAUACAUUGGUGCUACCAGAAAAGUGUUGGGUCAUUUAGAGGAGUUAGAAAGCCGUAGCUGUUGCCUUAAACUUCAGACGGUGAAAAUCUACAUUGCAGCUAACUCUCAUCACGUAAUGAGUUUGAUAAAGUUUAUACUUGCAAAUUCUCCUUUGUUGAAGACUCUUACUUUGUAUUGUAUUUAUUAUGAAGUGGAUGUGCCUAUGUUGUUAAAUUUUUUUCAAGACUUGUUACGUUUGAAACGGGCAUCACCAAGAGCACAGGUUAAUUUUUACAAGACUUGAGAAACGGGCAUCACCAGGAGCACGGGUUAAUUUUUACAAGACUUGAGAAAGGUGUAUUGAAAAGAAAUCAAUGGUGAAGAUUGCUGCUUGAAAAACUGCAUGAGAGAAAUAAAAGGAGAUAAUCUGGUUUGCUAAUGAAAAGGGAACGAGAGUAUUUGGGGAAGUGGUGACAGUGGAUGUAUUGUAUGAUGUAGUCAAAUGGUUUGUAAUAGUUUAUGAUCAGGCUGAUUUUAGAAUUUUGGAUGAUCAGUGGCGGAGCCAGGAAUUUUAGAUAGCCUGGGCAAAAAAAUUAACUGCAAAUUACAUGUGACAUAAUAUAUAAAUAGUCAUAAAGUGUGUUACAUAAGAGAGAUGAAACCUAACAUGCGAAUAUUGUGCUAAAUAAAAUUAGGAGGUAAGUGCCCUCUCUAAGACCUCUUUGUGGUGAAUGUUCGAAUAAUAUCAACAUCUUUAAUUGACUUGAAUAUCUCCCGCUCGGUGUAACUAUCAUCAAGUCAUUGAACCACAAAUUGUUGAUUUUGUUGAGCAAAUUAGACUUGAUAAUCCUCAUUGCUGAAAAAACUCUUUCAACGAAUGUUGUCGACACCGGUAAUAUCAAAGUCAACUCAAUAAAUUUGUAAACUAAUAUAUUACUUAAGGAGAGACUGAUGCAGUUGGAAUGCAUGUGAACCUGAACUCUUAGAAAAUUCUGAGUUAUUUAAUUUAUGAAUGAAUUUAAUUGUCUUAAAUUUAAUAAUAAAC